AUGGAUGCCCAUAGCCCGCUGGCCCUGUGUUACAGGGCAGGUCUGCCUGAGAUGAAGCUGUUCCUGGUCCUGGUCCUGGCACUUGCCCUGCUGGGGGCCGUCUCUGCUCGCCAGCUCCAUGAAGGCGCCCCGGAGCAGGAGGUACCAGCCGAGCAGGGCGAGGAGGAGCCCAGGGAGCUGGAGCCACCGUGCCCCACAGACAGGGAGAGCUUCAGGGUGAUUGUGCCUGGCCAGGGGGGCUGCUUCGCUCGGUAUGUGGUUGUGAACAAUUGCCAGACAUUUUGGAACGCCCAGAACGUGUGUGCCCGCUGCUACCGCGGCCGCCUGGCCUCCAUCCACGGCAGCGUGAUCAACCGCCACCUGAGCUGCAUGGCGCGUGCCCACACCAACCGGGCCCAGGUGUGGAUUGGAGGCAUCACCUCCGGCAGGAACCACUGUCUGCACGCCUACUGGGCCGACCACAGUCCCUGGAACUACUCCAACUGGGCCAGAGGGAACCCCUGCCGCACUGGGCAAAUGUGUGUCGCUAUGUGCCCUUCAGGUGGUCAAUGGAGAAGUGUGAGUUGCUGGGUUAGCAUGCCCUUUAUCUGUCAGUACUGAGGGGGCUGCUCCCCCCACAGGGCCCCGCUGCCCCCACCGCUCUGCUGGCCUGAGACUCCCCGCUCCGCUCUGCCAGGGGCGCCCCUGCUCCCUGGA